AUGGGUAGCAGCAAGGAUGAUCUUUCCAAGCAAAACCAUGUCACCCCAGGGCUCAACCUGACAGAGAGCACAUAUGAUGGCUGUGAAGGCUCAUUCACAGCUGCCGAUGGGGAGCGCCAGAAGGCAUCCAAGAAGUACUUCGAUGAAAUGGGCAUUAUGUCUGCUGUCUGUCGUCACGGCCUACCAUUAUUCUACAUCAGCGUUUGGACUCCAGGGGAACAACAGUUCUACAUACUUUCAUUACUCGGGAAGCUUAUAGAGCAUCUCCCUUCGUUGUGGACCAUUGGGUGCCUGUAUGACAUUGGUUGCCAGACUGAUCGUGCACUUCACAAGUGGAACAUUGCACCUGAGUGGUGGUCACGUCUGGUGUGGGGCAUCUCUAUCUUUCACACCUAUGGACAUCAAUGGGCUUGUCAGCUAUGGUAUCACCCUCAGAAGGAUCGUGUCUGGGGUCUUUCGGAUGGUGAAGUGUGUGAGCAUUUUUGGAGUGAACUGUGA